UAACGAGUAUCAUGUAGUAGGACCACAGAAAGAGCGACACACACCGUUCGCUUCUGGGAGCCGCUCGUAGCAAGCGCUAGUAAGGUCGGCGUGUCCUCGGUUAAAAACCGAUACCUAUUUUGUUCAAAAUGAUGUCAAUCGCUGCUCGUCGCAGCGCUAUCGGGACUUGCCUGCAAUUCACAAAACCCGCGGUUAAUGCUUCGGUGUUUUCUCGACUUGUCAAGGAUUUCGUCCCCGCGGCUAGUGCUAAUGGCGCUACUGGAAUCCGACUCGCCCACACGGACAUCAAGGUUCCUGACUUCUCAGACUACCGACGUCCCGAAGUACAGGACCCCAAUAAGUCCUCUCAGGACAGUAGCGAAGCAAGAAAGGUGUUCUCCUACCUAGUCACCGGGGCAACUACUGUGGUGACCGUCUAUGCUGCCAAAACGGUUGUCAGCCAGUUUGUGUCAUCUAUGAGUGCUUCUGCUGAUGUCUUGGCUUUGUCCAAAAUCGAAGUCAAGUUGGCUGAUAUUCCCGAGGGCAGGAAUAUGACCUUCAAGUGGAGAGGAAAACCCCUGUUUGUACGCCACCGCACGGAGAAGGAGAUUGCUACAGAGGAGGGUGUGAACCUGGGAGAGCUGCGUGACCCCCAGCACGACAAGGAUCGGGUGCAAAACCCCAAAUGGGUCAUUGUCCUUGGUGUGUGCACCCAUCUGGGGUGUGUGCCCAUUGCCAACGCAGGAGACUAUGGAGGCUACUACUGUCCUUGCCACGGCUCCCACUACGAUGCAUCUGGAAGAAUUAGGAAGGGUCCUGCCCCUCUUAAUCUGGAAGUGCCAUUUUAUGAAUUUGUUGACGAAGACACGGUUGUUGUGGGUUAGGUUAGACCCCUAACUGCUUCAUUCCUUAUGUGUGUAUAUAAAUGGGUCUGUCUUGGAAACUGAGGUGGGAUAAACAGCCAAUAUACCUUAAUAAAAGUAUAUUUAUGCUACCGCAA